AUGCAGUGCAUGGCGCAGGAGGGCUCCGAGGCCUCUGUCGCCAGCUCCCCGCCGCCUCCACCGCCGUCGGCCUCCUCGUCCACGUCCUCGGCUGCCGCCGUGGCCUCCUGGUGGCGCGACAGCAUGCACCCGGCCGCCUACGGCGCGUGGCCGCCCCAGCCACCCGCAGCGAGGUGGCCCCCGAUCCCACCGGCGGCCUCGCACCACCACCAGCAGCACGGCGGCCGGACGACGACGUCCUCCGGCGGCGCCGACGACGAUCUGUCGGCCUCCAACGCCACCAUGACGUCCUUCACCAACACCUCCACCACCAACCACUCUGGCCUCAGCAUGGACUCCGGCGGAGCUGAGGCGGCCGCCGCCGUCGCCGCCGAGAGCCACCUCUGGAACCAAGUCCUCAUGGGCGCCGGCGGCGAGGUUGGAAGGAGCAUGCAGGCCGUGCACGACGCCCAUGACGACAGCGAGAACUUCCUCGAGCUGCUCAACUCGAGGACGCUCGCGCCGGAGCUCUUCGCGGAGCCUCCCGCCUGCGACUACCUCAAGAAGAUGGAGUACGGCAGCAGCCACGGCAGUGGCAGUGGCGGCGGAUGGCCGGACCACCAGUUCACGACAGCCGCCCUGGAGAAGCACCUCAGCUACGGCGGCGGCGCGCUCGCGCACCACCACGCGGCGGCCGGAGGCGGGCCGGAGCGGCUCACGGCGAACCUGUCCGACCUCGUGAGCAACUGGUCCAUCGCGCCGCCGAGCCCGUGCCUCGGCGACGCGCACCACCGCGCCGGCGUCGCCGGGGCAUGCGAUAACAACGCCGCCGCGGUGGCAGCCUUGGGCCACGGCGCCAAGGCCGGCCUGUUCCUGGACUCCGGCGGCGGUGUCUGCAAGCACGAGAUAGGCGGCCACGGCGCGAUGCUGGAGGAAGCGGCGUCCGGGGGCAGCGGCACCGGCGGCGGCGGCGGCCAGGAGUUCCUCCGGCCCGCGGGCUACAGCUCCAUGCUCGGGCUCAGCAGUAACAGGAUGUAUAUGGACGUGCCGUGGGGCAACAAUGCCGGCGCCGCGAGGAGCCUUUCGGACCUGAUAUCUUUCGGCGGAGCGCCGCUUGGAAAACCAGAGCAGCCGGCACCGGCCACGUCGACGAAGGUGCAUGCGGAGUACAAGAAGCAAGGCCAGGAAAUCUCUUCGCCGGCAAAGACGAGCAGCGGAGGUGGCAGCAAGGGAAGCUCGCAGGGGAAGAAGAAGAGAUCAGAGGAGCAGCAAGGCUCGGAGGGGAACGCCAAGAAGUCCAAGAAUGAGGCCUCCUCGCCCACGUCGUCUCUCAAGGCAUCGCAGGUGCCAAAAGUGAAGUUAGGAGACAAGAUCACUGCACUGCAACAGAUCGUUUCACCAUUUGGAAAGACCGAUACCGCAUCAGUUCUGUAUGAGGCGAUAAAUUACAUCAAGUGGUUGCAUGAACAAGUGCAGUUGCUGAGUGAUCCAUACAUGAAGACAAGCAGUAGCAAGGACUACAACGCAUGGGGAGGGUUGGAUAGGAAGGAGAAGUCGGAGACAGAGAUCGACCUGCGAAGUAGAGGCCUGUGCUUGGUACCCGUCUCAUGCACGCCUCAAGUGUACAGGGAUAACAACGGCCCAGAUUACUGGACGCCCCCAUAUAGAAGCUGCUUAUACCGAUGA